AUGGAUACCAAGCAAACAGCUUCGGAUGAGGAGGAUGACUACAUGAACAUGACCUUUGAUGAGGCACCAACCACAUCAUCACGGGGCACAGAAACAUCGCUCCAGCGCCGCCAGCGCUUGAAACGCGAGGGAGAAAUCAAAGGGCGCGUGAAGUCAAAGGCUGAGCUCGCAGCUGAGGAAGAGGUAGCGCGCGAAAAGGCGCUCGCUCGCUCCCUCCUUGAGGACGCGGCUGCCAAGAAAAACAAAGGUUUCGCCAUGAUGGCCAAGAUGGGAUUCAAAGGCGGUGCUCUAGGCGCUGGCGAUGGCUCUGCCAGGACAGAGCCUAUCGCGGUGGAGAUUAAGGAGGAUCGUGGAGGUAUUGGUAUGGAGAGCGAGAGAAAGCGUAAGAUGCGCGAGGCAGCGGAACGGAUCGAGGAGGAGGUCCGAGAAGGAAAGAGAGUCAAGAUGGACCCCCUCGAGUAUCGUGACCGGGUUCGACAGGAAAGGGAGGCUGCAAGGGUGCAGGGACAGGUGUUUGCGGCACAGAGGAUUGCGGAGAGUAUGGCUGAGGAGAAAGAACUGGGAAUUGGUGACGGACAGCUCGUGGAGGCCGAUGCAGAAGCGGAGAGAAUCAAGAGAGAGAAGCUUGCUGCGAGUGCUGCUUCAAGGCCCCUCAAGUCCAUCAAUAUCCUUUGGCGUGGUCUGGCCAGGCAUCGCGAGGAAAAGGAGAGGGAUCGAAGGAUGAGGCAUGAUUUGGAGCAGAGCCUUUCGCGGCUGCCGACAUAUGAGGAUGAUCAGGAAGAUGACGACGAUCGCACGGCAUUGGGGAAGAAACAGACAAUCUACGUCACCGCGGAAGAUCUUGACGAGGAAGACCCUGAGCUGGAUGAAUUCAACGAGCUGGGUGACGAUGAAAAGCUGCGACGAUUAAUAGAGUAUCUGAGGAAGGAGCACAAGUAUUGCUUCUGGUGUAAGUUUACAUAUCCAGAUGAUGAAAUGGAGGGGUGCCCUGGCUUGACGGAGGAAGAUCAUGACUAG